UAUAUCUGACAAUUGUCAUUUACGAAUAUACGUAAUAAAGUUUUCGAUAAUUUACAAUACAUGUUGUAAUAAUUUUGAUUGUUAUAAUAAUUAUAUUUUUUGUAACAUUUAAUUAAUGGAUCUUCGAUUUAAUGAGGAGGGAAACAAUGUUUUGGAUACUCCAACGCCGGCCGACUUUGAUGCAUACCUACCAUGGGCUUGCAUGCAGCUGAUGAUGGAAUACAAUAUUAUAAUCACUCGUUCCUACCGAAAUCCGUAUCAGCCAAGCAAAGAAAAAGGAAAAACCAAAAGCAGCAUCAAAUCUAAAAUGCCAACAGAAACCGAGUCUAAUGAAUCCCUACCACCUGAAAUAUUAUUACCUGACGACGAACUUAAUGCUAUGACCAAUGAAAAUAACGUUUACAUUGAAACUGUGUACGAUGAAAACAACAAAUUAUUCCGAAUAAAGUUCAAUAAAAAUAACACGUUUAAAAUACCAAGAGAGAUCUUUAAAGUUAUUGGUCUUAUAGUCCAUUUUCAUACAUCUUUGUCUUCCAUUGUCAUCAACAGUGGUUUGCACGCAGCAGCAAUUUACGAAAUAUCAAAAAUCUUACCCAAAUCCAAUAUAACUGAAAUAUGCUUGGACUACUCAUACGUCUCUGAAGCGAAUUACUACAUUCUUUUGAAAUACGAGAAUUUAAAACAUUUAUCUUUGUCGAAAUGUAGUAUUAACGAUGAUUGUCUUAAACUUAUUACCGCUGAAUUGUCACGAAUAAACCCAACUCUUAAACUAUGUGCGCUGAAUCUAGCAACAAACCGAAUAACAGAUGUUGGAGCAAAAUAUUUGGCAGAAAUGUUGCGAUACAAUAGAAACAUCGGCUACUUGAACUUAGCAGAUAACAUGAUAGGCGAUGAAGGAGCAAUAAGCAUAUUGAAUACACUAAAAGAAUUCCCAUUGACUCCUGAAGAAGCGUUUGAGAGACGAAGUAGACUGAUGGUCCGUAUAAAAGAAAAAAGCAGCCUAUUGCAAAAGACGUUAAAUAAUAUGCAAGCUGAAGAUAUGACUGAUAAAAAGAUGUCUAAAAGAAAAUCAGUUAAACCGCCUCUAGCAAAUGCAGUGAAAAGGAAGCUAGAUUCUGACACUGCAAUGUCUAAGAGUAUGGAAAUGAUCCUGUACGAAAGAGCGGAGAUUAUAGUUGAUCAUAUAAUGGGUCCUCUCCAUGAUCCAUUUAGUCCAAUCAAUGUUGAUUUGAGAGGGCCAACAGUGUAUUGUUUGGGGAAUAAUUCUUUAAGUUACUUGAAUAUAGCGUAUAACAAUCUAUCCCAAUUAAGCAUCAAGAUACUAUGUGAUGUGUUGAAGAGGCAGAAGAUUUUGGGUAGAAGACCUCGUGGCCUAAUCAAUGUUGUCAUUGAAGGUAAUUACUUGUCUGAUAACAUUACGGAGUUGAAAUACAUUGAUGAUUCAAUAGGAGCUAUUUUGUCUGCGUAUAGGAAAUUAUCGAUUGAAACAUCCAAGAGGAAGUCCAUUAGUCCUAGGCUUAACUAAAUAAAAUAAAAAUCUUUUUAAUAAAAACAGUUUACUAGCAACCCGCUCCAGCUUCGCAUGGGUGCAUUGAUGAUAUAU